AUGGGUGGAACGGGUGCGGCGCCGAAAAUCACCGGAAAUCGCAUUCCGAUUGUGCCCGAUGGAGGAUGGGGAUGGAUGGUCGUCCUCGGCUCUUUCCUUAUCCACGUGAUCGCUGACGGUUUCGUCUACUCGUUUGGUAUUUUGGUGGACGUUUUGCAAAAGGAAUUCAAAACGGACAACGCGGCGGCGGCGCUGAUCAUUGCGUUGCUCACCGGACUCACGCUGGGUUCAGGCCCAAUCGCGUCGGCGAUCACGAACAAGUUCGGCUGUCGGAUAGCGUCGAUCAUCGGCUCGUGUAUCGCUUCGGUUGGUUGCUUGGCCUCUUACUUCGCGACAUCGAUGGGUUUCAUUACGUUCACCGUCGGAAUCGUGAUGGGAAUCGGCUUUGGAUUAAUGUAUUGUCCGGCGAUUGUCAUUGUGACGAUGUACUUUGAGAAACGUCGCGCUUUGGCUACAGGAAUCACAGUGUGUGGAGCGGGUGUUGGAUCGGCUUUGUUCGGGCCGAUUAAUGAGAGAGUGAUCAAAUAUUUUGGAUGGAGAGCUGUUUUCUUGUCGUUUACUGGAGUGAUCCUUUUCUGUACUCUUUGUGGUGCCACUUUCCGUCCUCUUCAAUUCAUCAGCGCUGAUGAGAAAGACGAAGAAGAUGAGGAAGGAGAAGAGAAAAAAGGAGAUGAGACAGAGCACACAAAGGAAGAUGCGGCUCUUUUGACUCCAAACGAUCCAAGGAUCAGAACGCACUCGUCGAGCUCGUCGCAGAUUGAUCGAACUGGAACCAACUCGGCGAAAGGCUCAAAACUCUCAUUGCGAGCCGCCAAUUCGAUGGGUCAAGUGAACGGUGAUGGAUUGAGAGGGAGAAGCCGCUCGGGUACGGUCACUUCGUCCACCGGGUAUCUUCAGAAGAAAGACGUUUUCUAUAUGGGAUCGAUUCACAAUGUUUCUGAGUUCAAAGAGAAUCCCGAUAAAGUUCGAUCAAUCACCUCAAUUCAUCAGGCGGUCACGGAAGAGAUGGCGUCAAGAGAUGAGAAUAUUUUAGAAGUGAUCUCCCGUAUGUUGAACCUUUCCCUUCUCACCGAGGUGCCCUUCCUUCUCUUUGCCAUUUCCAAUUUGAUGACAUCGGUCGGCUUCAAUUCUCCUUUGUACUUCUUGCCGAUUCAUGGAGAGAAAGGCUUGGGACUCACAUCGACGGAUGCUGCGUUGGCCAUCACGACUUUUGGAAUCACAAACACAGCUGGUCGUUUGGUGUUUGGAUUGAUCGGUGAUCGAGAGCUGCCAUUGCCGUACGGAUGGGGGAAAGAUCCAGCCCGGAAUCGCCUCUGGAUCUAUAACCUCUCAUUGACGUUCUGCGGAAUUCUCACCGCUUGCUCGUACUUCUUCAACGGUUUCAUUCAACUUUGCGUCUACGCGGGUCUUUUCGGGUUUAGCAUCUCCUCAUACGUUUGCUUGACAUCGGUGAUCCUUGUCGAUUUGUUGGGCUUGGAAAAGUUGACGAAUGCUUUCGGAUUGCUGCUUCUGUUCCAGGGAAUCGGCACCGUUUUCGGCCCACCAAUCUCCGGGUAUCUUGCUGAUUUGACAGGCUCCUAUCACCCAGCUUUCGUCUUUUGUGGAAUCAAUUUGGCUGUCUCUGGCUUAAUGCUUUUCACCAUUCCUUUUCUCAACAAACGAAAAGAGAAUCAACAACAGAAAGAACAAGGAGUGAAGCCAUUAGUCGAUCACGGGAAACUCACCAAUUUGGAUUUG